AACUACGCGUACGGAGCCGACGUGGCGCAGGGGCCGCUGGGAAGAUGGCGGCCGUGGGCCUCGCCGCUUGGCGUUCCUGUGUCAGCUGCGGCCGGGCAGCCGCCGCGUUCGACCCUCACCAUGGCCUCGGCGCGAUACUAACACGGAAGCCCCAGCGGGCGCCCUGGCGGCUACCAGCUUGCAGACAAAAGACAUCAUUCUCUUUCCUUAAUCGACCAGACCUUCCAAAACUGGCUUAUAAGAGACUAAAAGGCAAAAGUCCGGGAAUUAUCUUCAUCCCUGGCUACAUCUCUAACAUGAAUGGUACAAAAGCAAUGGCGCUUGAGGAAUUCUGCAGAUCUCUAGGGCAUGCCUAUAUAAGGUUUGAUUACUCAGGAGUUGGAAAUUCAGAGGGUAACUUAGAAGAAUGCACGGUGGGGAAAUGGAGAAAAGAUAUUCUUUCUGUAAUUGAUGGUAUAGCUGUAGGACCACAGAUACUGGUCGGGUCUAGCCUUGGUGGGUGGCUCAUGCUCCAUGCUGCAAUUGCACGGCCAGAGAAGGUCAUGGCUCUUGUUGGUGUAGCUACAGCUGCAGAUGCGCUAGUGACACAGUUUAAUCAGCUUCCUGUUGAGGUACAAAAAGAAGCAGAGAUAAAAGGCACGUGGAACCUGCCAUCAAAAUACCACCCAGAUGGGUUUUACCGUGUUCAGUACAGUUUCAUCAAGGAGGCGGAGCACCACUGCUUGCUGCACAGCCCCAUUCCCGUGAGCUGCCCCAUGCGGUUGCUCCACGGCAUGAAGGACGACAUCGUCCCUUGGUACACGUCCAUGCAGGUGGCUGACCAAGUGCUCAGCACAGAUGUGGAUGUCAUCCUCCGGAAAGACAGUGGCCACCGGAUGAAGGAGAAGGCGGACUUACAGCUUCUUACUUACACUAUUGAUGACUUAAUUGACAAGCUUUCAAUUGUAGUUCCCUAGAAUCAUAUUUCUUUUUUUUUUUUUUUUUGCGGUACUGGGCAUCGAACUCACGACCUCACGCUUGCCAGGCAGGCGCUUAUGCCACUGAGCUAUAUCCCCAGCCUAGAAUCAUAUUUCUAAUUGGUAUGUAAACUGACAUGUCCAGAAGAUUGAAAGAAUAGUGAAUCAAAGAUCCUGAUACUUAAGGUUUUUCCCUCUUACCUCUGUUUGUAAAUAUCAAAUAAGUAUUUAUUUAAUGAUGUUUCAGCACGAAUAAUACCAAUUGUGGCAAAAGUACUGACUGCUGUUUAGACAGUUUUCUUCUUCCUACAAUCUUUGAUUUUUUUUUUUUUCAUUAAAAUCCUAUUUUUUUAUUCAAGAGAUGUUUACCUUUCUUACAAAUAUGUUAGCUGGGCCACCUCUUAUGUUCUUAUCUACUUAGAAUUAUUAGUAAAGCUUGAAUAUUUGGGGUUUUGUUUCCAUUAUAUAUGGAAGUUUGUAAAAUAACUUCAGAUUUUCAAAUGCUAUAAAAUACAAGAAAACGUUUGUUGAAGCAAGUUGAAAUAAUUGGCAAAAUAUCUGAAGCGUAAUAAAAUUUAAAAGUAAGAA